AUGACUGGCGCUGGAAUGAAAGAGCCAGUCCCGCCACAGCAGGACGAUGCCUCAGAGUGGUCACGCGGAGCUGAAGCAACAUCGUCUGACGGGGGACUGUUCGAGACGCAGCACGACAAUGAAAAGCCCGCCGACAGCGACAGAGAAGCUCAAUCCGCCGCUCGUUCACAUUUGUCAAAUCAUCCCGACGAGAAAGAUGACAGAACCAACCCAGGCGGGGAACCGCAAUGUCACGCAUCAGGACAAUACUCUCCUAACGACGAAGGCCUGACCCGGAGCGAGACACACAACAGCAUGCGCAGCCGCUCGUUGAACCUCAUGCGCAGCGUGACAAGUCACGCGCACCGAGCGACAGGGGAGAUUACGCACGAUCCCAUACCAGAGACCAACUAUGCCGAGGGCAUUAUUGCCUGGGACUCGCAGCAUGAUCCAGAAAUGCCACUCAAUUGGCCAAUAGGACGGAAAUGGAUCCAAGUUGUAGACAUCGCGGCAAUCGCCGUGCUUACUCCUUUUUCGUCAUCAGCUCUGGCCCCAGGGAUCGAGGCCAUGAUGCAGGAGUUCGGGGUGACAUCGGAAAUCCUCGGCAGUUUUGCUGUCAGCAUCUACCUACUCGGCUACUCUGUUGGUCCUCUUGUACUGGCACCGCUUUCAGACAUGUACGGCAGGAAGAUAGUACUGGAUAUGGCAAACAUCAUGUUCUGUCUGUGGCAGAUCGGCUCCGCCUUAUCUCCUAAUAUCCAGAGCCUCAUCGUUUUCCGAUUCCUCUCGGGUGUUGGCGGCUCAGGAUGCUUGACGCUCGGUGGCGGAGCGGUCGGUGACAUGUUCCAUCCUGAACAACGUGGAUUGGCUGCGGGGAUCUGGGGUCUCGGGGUUGUCAUCGGUCCUACACUGGGUCCCUUAGUUGGAGGGUACCUAGCUGCAACGAUUGGUUGGAGAUGGACCUUCUGGGUCACCCUCAUCGCUGGCGCAACGGUCACAGCUUGUAUUCUCACAUAUAACAGAGAGACCAACUACACCGUCCUGAUCAACCGCAAGGUCGCCCGAAUGACCAAGGAGCGUGUUAGUGCUGGCGAGCAACCCACUCUGGUGAGCUACUAUCGGCAGAAGCCAGUUUCCAACUUGUCCCUCCUCUAUGGGAGCCUUACUCGACCCACGAAGCUACUGUUCCGCUCGCCUAUUAUUUUCUUCAUAUCUCUAUACAUGGCCUUUGUUUAUGGCGUUCUCUACCUACUCUACACCACUAUCCCUACAGUAUUCAGCACAAAGUAUGGUUUUAGUACCGGCGAGGGUGGUCUCGUAUUUCUGUCACUGGGCUUUGGCAACAUUGCUGCGUGGACGUAUAUCACGACCCAAUCUGACAAGCAGGUUGUAAAGCAAACUCUGUCUAACAACAACGUGUUCGUCCCAGAGAUGAGACUCAAAAUCGCCGUUUGGUUCAGUUGCCUCUUACCUGUCACAUUCUACUGGUACGGAUGGGUUACACAAUUCGGUGGGUCUUGGCCCAACGCCGUCGUCUCUCUUUUGCCAUUUGGAAUUGGUAGUGUUGGGGUGUUUGCGCCGUUCACUACUUUCCUUAUCGACUGUUACCCUUCCUAUGCCUCUAGCGUCAUCGCCGCCAACACGGUGUUUAGAAGUCUUUUUGGAGCUUUCCUACCUCUAUUGGGACCUACUCUCUAUAGUGACCUCGGCCUGGGAUGGGGAAAUACGCUAUUAGGUCUUGUUUGUACACUUAUGAUACCGAUCCCUAUGCUCUUCUGGAAGUUUGGCGAACGGCUACGAGCGAGGGAAUCCUUUAACCUUUAA